UUGCCAUGAAUAAAAUGAAAGAUUUGAGUCUGGGAGAGACAAUGAUUCGACCUGGGUUACUUGAAGUGGAUGGUGUUCUUGUCACAGAACCAAUUGCCAGCAUUUGGGACCAAGUGUGGAAGUUCAAAGCCAAGCCUGAUGAUGUGCUCAUUGCAACCUAUGCAAAAGCAGGUACCACAUGGACCCAGGAGAUAGUGGAUAUGAUUCAACAAAACGGAGAUACUGAGAAGUGUAAACGUGAGACUACUUACAAACGCCACCCUUUCCUCGAGUGGUUUUUGGCAGAGCCUCCGUCUGCACGUUACUCAGGUGUGGAGUUAGCUGAAGCCAUGCCAUCUCCACGGACAAUGAAAACUCAUCUGCCUGUGCAGCUGCUGCCUCCAUCCUUCUGGGAACAAAACUGUAAGAUAAUCUAUGUGGCAAGAAAUGCAAAAGACAACCUGGUGUCAUACUACCAUUUCCACAGAAUGAAUAAAGGGUUGCCUGAUCCAGGAACCUGGGAGGAGUUUGUGGAGAAAUUCAUGACUGGAAAAGUCCUCUGGGGUUCCUGGUAUGACCACGUAAAAGGAUGGUGGAAGGCAAAAGAUAAGCACCGUAUCCUCUAUCUCUUCUAUGAAGACAUGAAGGAGAAUCCAAAGCGAGAAAUUCAGAAGAUUGCAAAGUUCCUAGAGAAGGAUCUGAGUGAGGAGGUUCUAAACAAAAUAGUCCAUAGCACCUCUUUUGAGGUAAUGAAGGAAAACCCCAUGGCAAACUACACUAAAGACUUUGAAGGAAUAAUGGAUCAUUCCAUUUCCCCAUUCAUGAGAAAAGGUACCGUUGCAGACUGGAAGAAUCAUUUCACUGUGGCACAGAAUGAGAAAUUUGAUGAAGAUUAUAAGAAGAAAAUGUCUGAUACCUCUCUUGUUUUUCGCAUGGAAUUGUAAUUACUUGCAAUUUAAAUUUAUGAUAUUCAGCUUUUCCCAUGUUAAAUAUUUUGCUUUUCUUUCACAAAAUGCCAGUGUCCCUAAGAUCUUCCUUUCACACAUCACUGAUUUUUCAUUAUUGGCAGAGUGCCCAAAUUAUGCCAAAGUUUAAAUCUCCCUCAAGAAAAUAACUCCACUGGACAAUUCUCAGUCACCCCCACCACAGUUACUUUCAGCAUUAAUAAAAAUAUUUCAAAG